UGAGUCGGGCUGAGAGCUUCCUGCGGCGGUGCAAAACAGACUGGCGAUCUGAGGAACGGAGAAUUGCAGUUUCUGGGUGGAAGAAGCAAACCCAGUGAUGGCCUCGGCUCCUAUAGCACCUUACAACUCCAGUCCUCUGGGGAACAGCUCCAGCCCAAACGCGUCCAGAGAGAGCCUGAAGAUGGAGCCGCUGGCAGAUGUUGCCAUGCUGCCGGGAGAAGAGAGAGUGAUCGAUAAAGACAUCAUCUACAUCUGCCCUUUUAAUGCUGCAGUCAAAGGAAAGGUGUUCAUCACCAACUACAGACUUUACUUCAAGAACACUGACUCAGAGACGCCAGUUACCCUGGAUGUGCCAUUAGGUGUCAUAAGCCGUGUAGAGAAGAUGGGCGGAGCCUCCAGUCGAGGAGAGAACUCCUACGGGCUUGAAAUCACCUGCAAGGACAUGAGGAACCUGCGAUUUGCUCUGAAGCAAGAAGGCCACAGUCGAAGAGACAUCUUUGAGAUUCUUUUCAAAUAUGCUUUCCCACUGUCUCAUGGAAUGCAACUCUUUGCCUUUCUGAGUCAGGAGAAGUAUGAGGAGAAUGGCUGGAACGUUUAUGAGGCCAUGGGAGAGUACAGGAGGCAGGGUCUACCCAGUAGUGAGUGGAGGGUCACUUUCAUCAAUAAGAACUACGAGCUGUGUGACACCUAUCCCACAAUUCUUGUUGUUCCAUACAAGGCCACAGAGGAAGAUCUUAGAAGAGUUGCUACCUUCCGUUCCCGCUGCCGCAUCCCGGUGUUGUCGUGGUUCCAUAAAGAGAACCAUGCUGUGAUCAUGCGGUGUAGCCAGCCGUUGGUGGGAAUGAGCGGCAAGCGCAACAAAGAUGAUGAACGUUACUUGGACCUAAUCCGUGAGGCCAAUGGUACUACCAAACUCACCAUUUAUGAUGCCAGGCCUAAUGUCAAUGCUGUGGCAAACAAGGCCACAGGAGGGGGUUACGAGGGUGACGAUGCAUAUCAGAAUGCUGAGCUGGUCUUUCUAGACAUCCAUAAUAUCCAUGUCAUGAGGGAGUCACUGAAGAAGUUAAAGGACAUUGUCUACCCCAAUGUGGAGGAGUCUCAUUGGCUCUCCAGCCUGGAGUCCACCCACUGGCUAGAGCAUAUUAAGCUGGUGCUAUCAGGGGCCAUCCAGGUGGCUGAUAAGGUGUCUUCUGGGAGCUCUGUGGUGGUGCACUGCAGUGACGGCUGGGACCGCACAGCUCAGCUCACUUCUCUGGCCAUGCUGAUGCUGGAUUCAUUCUACAGGACUCUCAGGGGCUUCCAGGUGCUGCUGGAGAAGGAAUGGAUCAGCUUUGGACACAAGUUUGCCUCAAGAAUCGGCCAUGGAGACAAAAACCAUGCAGAUCAGGACAGGUCACCUAUCUUUUUGCAGUUUAUUGACUGCGUGUGGCAAAUGACUAAACAGUUCCCAACAGCGUUUGAGUUUAAUGAACGUCUCCUGGUGGUAAUCUUGGAUCACCUGUACAGCUGCCGCUUUGGCACUUUCCUCUACAACUGUGAGAGUGCCCGUGAAAGCAAUAACGUUCGGGUGAAGACGGUGUCUCUGUGGUCUUUUGUCGACAGUGACACAUCCUUGUAUAUAAACCCCUUCUACACUUCAGAAUCCAGUCGUGUGCUUUACCCUGUUGCCAGCAUGCGCCACCUAGAGCUUUGGGUGACUUAUUACAUCCGGUGGAACCCUCGCAUACAACACCAGCAACAGAGUCCAGUGGAGCAGCGCUAUAAGGAGCUACUGGCGUUGAGGGAUCAGUACCUGAAGAAACUGGAGGAACUGCAGCUCUCAGACUCCACCCACUUGACAAACAGCUCCACCCCCAACGCUGCCACGCCCAAUCAGCACAUCACACACUUACAGACACCGUUUUGAUCCCACUCGCAAGCUGUUACAGACAUUGGACAUUUGUACAUAGCAAUAGUGAUAAUUAUGGUAACACAAUUAGUAGUGAUGUCUGCGAUAAUGAGUAACAAAACAAUUAUGCAAUAAACCACAGUACGGCCUUCAUCA